UCUCACUGUGCAUCCACGCUGUUGGGCUGUUGGUGGCUCAACACAUGCACUAGCAAAGAUGGUGUGGGAUAAAGGAAUCGUCCCCAAUGGCACCGAGGGCAAGAACUUCUACAUCCCCAUGAACAACCAGACUGGAGUCGUCAGGAAUCCCUUUGAAUACCAGCAGUACUAUUUGGCAGAUCCCAUCUGGUUCAAGUUCUUAGCUCUCUACAUGUUCUUCCUCAUCUGCACCGGGACCCCCAUCAACGGCCUGACGCUGUUGGUGACCGCUCAGCACAAGAGGCUCCGGCAGCCCCUCAACUACAUCCUGGUCAACCUGGCUGUGGCCGGACUCAUCAUGUGCUGCUUUGGGUUCACCAUCACCAUCACGUCCGCUGUCAACGGCUACUUCAUCCUGGGAGCCACAGCCUGUGCCGUGGAGGGCUUCAUGGCCACACUCGGGGGUGAAGUCGCUCUCUGGUCUCUGGUGGUCCUGGCCAUCGAGCGAUACAUUGUGGUCUGCAAACCCAUGGGGAGCUUCAAGUUUACCGGGACUCACGCAGGAGCUGGAGUCAUUUUCACCUGGAUCAUGGCUCUGUCCUGUUCCGCGCCACCACUUUUCGGCUGGUCCAGGUACAUCCCCGAGGGCAUGCAGUGCUCCUGUGGACCCGACUACUACACCUUGGCCCCGGGCUACAACAACGAAUCAUACGUCAUGUACAUGUUUGCUGUGCACUUCUUCACUCCCGUCUUCAUCAUCUUCUUCGCUUAUGGAAGCCUGGUGCUCACAGUCAAAGCUGUAAGUCAGUUACUCUACAAAAUGGACUCAAUCUUUGUUGUCAGUGCUAAUGCAUCUUCUGUUUUUCCCCAGGCGGCCGCCCAGCAGCAGGAGUCGGAGUCGACCCAGAAGGCCCAGAGGGAGGUGACCCGUAUGUGCGUGUUGAUGAUCUUUGGCUUCCUAAUAGCCUGGACGCCGUACGCCUCGUUCAGCGGUUGGAUCUUCUUGAACAAAGGGGCUUCCUUCACGGCACUAACGGCCGCCAUCCCUGCCUUCUUUGCAAAGAGCUCUGCUCUUUAUAACCCCAUCAUUUAUGUGCUGAUGAACAAACAGUUCCGUAACUGCAUGCUGAGCACCGUGGGCAUGGGAGGCAUGGUGGAGGACGAGAGUUCAGUUUCUGCCAGCAAAACUGAAGUGUCCUCCGUCUCUUAAAUACAGACUGACCCUCAGAGAUGUGAACGUUUGCCUGUGUGUUGUUCCUCUGACCUCAAAUAACUGUGUUGUUGAGGGAUGUCUGAACUGUUACAUCUGGUUAUGAAUGACUGACCUUUGAGCAAUGUUGGGUUCUUACUCGAUCAUAACAUUGUACAAAAAUAGCAUAAAUAAAUAAAUGCAAGCAUGA